AUGGCAGAUCCGAGCCAUGACGACGAAGAGAUGAGGCAGAAGAAGAAGAAACGAAAAAGGAACAGAUGCUAUCAAUGUGGUGCUUCCGAUCACCGCGCCAAGGAUUGUCCGUCAGCGACGUGUCAACACUGUGGUCGUCCAGGUCACUCAGUGGGUGGCUGUCCCGACAAGCCACCUGCUCCUGUGGAUCGUGGACAAUUCCAAUCCAACAGCAACAAGAAGGGGAAUGUCGCUUCGUUGUUUACCUACAUCGAAUUGUUUGCCGGCAUGGGAGGCUUUCGGGUGGCACUGGAUCGAUUGGGUGGUCGCUGUGUGUUUGCCAGCGAACUGGAUCGCUUCUGCAUUGCCAAUUACCAAGUCAACUUUGGCGGAGAUCGACCUGCUGGAGACAUUACACGCAUCCAAUCGGAUUGGAUUCCCUCUCAUGAUCUGUUGGUGGGUGGCUUUCCCUGUCAGCCAUUUUCCUGCAGUGGCAAGCAACGGGGUCUGCAAGAUCCCAGGGGACAAUUGUUUCGAGAAAUUGUUCGUAUCUUGCAAGACAAACAACCCAAGGCAUUCCUAUUGGAAAAUGUCAGAGGAUUGUAUUUGCACAAUCAAGGAAAAACGUAUCAGUUGCUCCAAAAAGAGCUGGAAGCUUGUGGCUAUGUAGUCAAGUCACAGCUACUGGAUGCUGUCAAUCUACUUCCCCAAGAACGAUGUCGUCUGUUUAUUGCUGGAAUUCGAAAAGACUUGCUUGCUGAUCAUAAUAAGCAAGGAUAUCAGUUUCCUAAACUGCCCGAUCUAUGCCGAGGAGUAGAGGAUAUCUUGCAUGGCAACAAAACCCCGGAAGAUGAACUCUCCAAAGAAGAGCUAGAAAGUCUGACUUUGACGCCAAAUCAGCUUGCCAAGGUUCAAGCCCAAAAGUACACACAAGAACACCCAGAAGCUCGAUUCUUGAUGGACACCACCAAACCAGCCAAAACAUUGCAGAGUAGCUACACCAAAUACAUGGUGGGAUCCCAGUUUGUUCCCGUCCAGGACAACGACAACACACCAGCAUGGCGGAGAUUCUCAAGUCGAGAAGCGGCCCGGUUGCAGGGGUUUCCAGAGGCAUUUCAAUUGUGCCAGCAACGACCCUACCACAUGCUAGGAAAUGCUGUGGCCCCGCCUCUGAUUGCCAUGAUUGUGGCACCCUUGUUGCACUGCAUCGGGGCAUUGCCAUCGACAACAACAACAUCUGGCUGGGAUAUCACAAGAGACAUGCUACUGGCGGCGUCUCCGAAUGAUCCCCGAAGAGAGAAACUACGGCAACAGCUCACAGAGGUUGAUCUAGGCAAGUCUGAAACGACGACGACAUGA